GAGCAUUCGAAUCUCCGGUUCGAUGUGAGCUUCGGGACCGAAAGCAGCUCCCAAACAGCAACCGCCACCGGCGCAAGCCAGAGAAAUGGCCUUCUUCCAGCUCGGCCUACGUAGAGCCUCUGCGAACCUUUCUCGGGUGCCUCUGGCCUGCGGCCCCUGUUGGCGACGGCGGGUUCCGGCCUCUCCGUCCCGAGUCCUGCAGCUCUCGAGAGCUGUUCGGAGGAGUUAUGCCUCGACAGCAACAGCCGAGUCAAAGAGUCCCGUUGCGUCGCUGAGCAGCAAGCUUGCGGAGUCUGCGAAGCCCGCAGCACCAUCGGCUCCUUCCCAGAGUUCUGGUCGGUCCUCGUCAUUCCCAGAAACCAAUGCAAAGGUCGUGGGCUACUGGCUCGUGGGCAGCGCCGUGAGCGUCUUCGGCAUUGUGAUCUUCGGGGGCUUGACUAGGUUGACAGAGUCUGGGUUGAGCAUCACGGAAUGGAAACCCGUCACGGGCUCUCUGCCGCCCAUGUCCGAUGCCGACUGGCAGUCCGAAUUUGACAAGUACCGCGCCUCCCCGGAGUUCAAACUGCUCAACCCGCACAUGGACCUGGCCGAGUUCAAGAAGAUCUACUUUAUGGAGUGGACCCAUCGUCUCUGGGGUCGCAUCGUCGGCCUCACCUUUGUGCUACCGACCAUCUACUUCAUUGCUCGCCGUCGGGUAACCCCCCGGAUGGCUGUCAACUUGGUCGGCAUCUCGGCGCUUAUCGGGUUCCAGGGAUUCAUCGGGUGGUGGAUGGUAAAGUCCGGCCUGAAGGAUGAUCUGUUUGCUCCUGGUUCCCAUCCCCGGGUCAGCCAAUACCGCCUGACCGUUCACCUCGCGACCGCCGUCGUUUGCUACUCAUGGAUGCUUCUCUCCGGCCUCGGAGUGCUCCGUACGCACCGCCUCCUCCGGGAUCCCGAAGCCGCUGCCAAGGCAAUUGCCGCGCUGAAGUCGCCCGCCCUGAACGUGCUUCGCAGAUCUGUGGCCGGCCUGACGGUGCUCAUCUUCACCACCGUCCUCUCAGGCGCCCUGGUCGCAGGUCUCGACGCCGGUCUCAUCUACAACGAGUUUCCGAUGAUGGGCACCGGGCUCACGCCCCCCAAAUCCGAGCUGUUUGACAAGUUUUACAGCCGCAAGGAGGAUGGCUCCGACCUCUGGUGGCGCAACAUGCUCGAGAACCCCUCGCUCGUCCAGCUCGACCAUCGCAUCCUCGCCACGACUACCUUUGCUGCCGUCGUUGCCCUCUUUCUCUACAGCCGGACAGGCCGCGUCAAGGCUGCGAUGCCCAAGGACGUGCGCAAGGGCGUCACCGGCCUCCUGCAUCUGGCCCUGACGCAGGUUACGCUCGGCAUCACUACUCUCCUGUACUUGGUCCCCAUCUCGCUUGCCGCUGCUCACCAAGCCGGUGCACUUGCCCUGUUGACGGGAGCUCUUGUUGCGGGCCACCGAUUGCGGAUGCCCAAGGCCACGCAGGCCCUGGUGCAGAAAGCUUUGCAGAACCCUUCCCGCGUGCAGACCGGGGCGAUAAGCCAGAAGCUUCUGAAGAACGCCGCUGAGAAGAGCCAUUAGGCCAGUUUUAAAUGUCCUUGGCCUCGCUCAGUGCUUACUAGCAGCAUGGCUGCGUUGUAUUAUGUAUACUGUACUUAUACGGUGAUAUACCCCGGGCUCUCCUCAACUUGGAUGGCAUGUAACUGCAAGGUAUUAGAGAAGUAACAAUUCAACUUAUACUCCUUCCCUGGGCUGGGGGGGGGGAACGGCUCUGUACAGUAUGUACAGCCCUCUCUCCCCGCCGAACUACCACAAACCCAUGUCCUAGUCUUAACUCUCAAUCGCUUCUCUGCGAGCCAGUUGCGAAUGGUGGCCGGUAGCAAAUAUACUAGUACAUGGCGCGCCGCAGGUUAGGCAC